AUUCAGUCGAAUCUAACAGCUUAGCGUGAUGAUGCUAAGCUAGCUGUCAGCCAGGUAGCCACGGGUUUCGCUGCCGAGUUAGCCACCGGAUGAUCCCGGUCAUAUAUUACCGGCCGUCUUGACAUUCCUUCAACAUUCCUGGACGAAUUCGUGUCGACUGACCAGAGUCCGCGAAUUCAAGUCCACUCCUGAUCCGUAGCCUCUCCCCAGACUGUGAGGCUUAGCUCGCCGGCUGACCCGGAGAACCGGACUGACGAGAGGAGUUAUUCUCAAGGACCACACCCAGACAAGAUGUCCCUUCAUCAGUUUCUAUUGGAACCCAUCACCUGCCACGCUUGGAACCGCGACAGGACACAGAUUGCCAUUAGUCCUAACAACCAUGAAGUUCAUAUCUAUAAAAAGAGUGGCAACCAAUGGGUGAAGACCCAUGAGCUGAAGGAGCACAAUGGUCACAUAACAGGUAUUGACUGGGCUCCCAAAAGUGACCGUAUAGUGACUUGUGGAGCAGACCGUAAUGCCUAUGUGUGGUCUCAGAAAGAAGGCGUGUGGAAGCCCACACUGGUCAUCCUCAGGAUCAACCGAGCAGCCACCUUUGUCAAGUGGUCUCCGCUGGAGAACAAGUUCGCAGUUGGCAGUGGAGCUCGACUCAUCUCUGUCUGCUAUUUUGAGUCUGAGAAUGAUUGGUGGGUGAGCAAGCAUAUAAAGAAGCCAGUCCGCUCCACCAUCCUCAGCUUAGACUGGCAUCCCAACAAUGUCCUCCUUGCAGCUGGUUCAUGUGACUUCAAAUGCAGGGUGUUCUCAGCCUACAUAAAGGAGGUGGAGGAGAAACCAGGCCCCACACCCUGGGGUAGCAAGAUGCCAUUCGGGGCUGUGCUAGCAGAAUUUGGAGGCGCAGGUGGAGGUGGAUGGGUCCACUCAGUUUCUUUCUCAGCCUCUGGGAACCGCCUGGCAUGGGUCAACCAUGACAGCACUGUCACUGUGGUAGACAGCUCUAAGACUGCCAGUCCCUCGCAGCUGAAGACGGAGUUCCUUCCUCUCCUCAGCAUCAUUUUUGUCUCAGAGAACAGUCUAGUAGCGGCCGGCCAUGACUGUUGCCCCAUGCUCUUCCGUUGUGACGAUGGUGGGACGUUGACAUUUGUGUCGAAGCUUGACCUCCCCAAGCAGAGCAUCCAGAGGAACAUGUCGGCUAUGGAGCGCUUCAGGAACAUGGACAAGAGAGCUACCACCGAGGACCGCAACACAACCCUGGAAACACUGCACCAGAACAGCAUCACCCAAGUGUCUAUCUAUGAGGGAGACAAAAGGGAUUGUCGCAAGUUCUGCACCACAGGCAUUGAUGGAGCAAUGACCAUUUGGGACUUCAAGAGCCUAGAAGCAUCUAUCCAGGGUCUGCGCAUCAUGUGAAGACUUUAUAUGAAUGAACAAAGAGAGGCUGUGGGCUCACUUCUCCCUCUUGCUCACCCCACUAUCUCAGCCCCUCCACUCGUGAGACGCAGCUAGUAACGUACAUAACUGACCACCUUAUUGAGUGUCUGAAGCACUGAUCAGAUCAUUGUGGGUGUGCACUUUCACGCUCACAAUUACACACACACUCAAAACACUAAACACACUAAGCUCAUGUGUGAGAUCACUGAUAUAUAUUUUGUUUUUUUUGUUUGCUUUAAAUAAAGAUUAACCAGAUGUAAAAGUGGGAUGGUUUUCUGACGCUUAUUAAACGUGAUGUGAAAUGUGUGAUUUUAUGUUCUCUAACCUCCAGCACCAAAAUCUGAACAAUAAAUGGCACGUUCAAUCCAAAAAUCAAAUUGUAUUUCUCCACAGAGCAACUUUGACAUAUUUCAAUAUAGGUGUUGAGUACUGUACGUUCGAUGACGGGAUCUGCUUCCUCGCUGGAGGAUGGCGAUUAUCUUUCAGUUCUUGUUUAGUUUAAGACCUGGGGUCGUUGAUGCUCUGAAUACACGUUGAUGGUUGUUUGUUAAAACCUGUACAGAAUCUGAUGGUGGAGAGGGACAGAAACUGUCUAAACUCUGUGUGGAGUCAUGAAUGACCAGCUUUGAGCUCUGUAGCUGAAACACACAUGAUGGAGGAUUUCUAUGUAACUGAUCACGACUUGGACAGGAAAUAAAGAUGAAGUACAUUUACA